UGCUUUCCCGCGCAGUUAAAUUGGAACAGCAAGUCGUCUGCUUUCAAGGAGAAUAAAACAAAAUGGAUGAGCUUUAUUUGGAUAAUAUUGACGAAUACGUCAAUGACCAUAAUAAAAUAGUAACCUAUAAAUGGCUGAGUCUCACUCUUGGAGUUCAUGUCAACACAGCAAAACAAAUGCUCUACCAUUACCUGGAUCACAAGAGGAACGAGAGUUCAGCUCAGCUGCAUGCCACCUACCUUGUAUCAGGGAAAUUUGUGGACAACGGUCAAACGAGUCACAAGGUGUCUGUUGUGAGGGAGGACCAGCUGGAAGAUUUCAAAGCCAAGAUGAGCUUGGUAGUCAGCGUGCACGUCUACAGCGUCCAGAAAGCGUUGCUUAAAGACAGCGGCCCACUUUACGCUGUGGACUACGACGCUGUGAAAGACAAUCUUAAAAACUGCAGCAGAUACAGCGCGAUCCGCUGUGCCAGCGCAGUUCCCAUGUCUUCUGUGGAGCUGCAUCAGGCGAGGGAAGUCCAGCAAGCUCCUACACCUGAGCCUGAAAACAAAAAGGCUGGCAUGAAUGGAGACACCAGCCCAGUUUUAAAAUCAUCCGCCAAGGCUCCAAAGGGCAUUAUGGGAAUGUUUGCUAACAAAUCUGCUCCUAAGAGUCAGGAUAACACCAAAGAGAUGAAGCCUGAAAAGAAAGAGGAUGCACAUGAUAUCGAAGCACCCAAAAGCAAACCAGUCGCAAAAGCCAAUCCAGUGGCAAACUUCUUUGGGACUCAAACAUCAAAGAAGCCGGAGAAACCCGUGAAGGAGGAGGAAGCACCUCAGUCAUCUUCCAGAGCAGCGCAGCAGCAUGAAAGGUCAAAACCAGAGGAAAAGCAAGAAACCGUUGCUCCAGUGGAGCCACAAAAAGACACAAAGAAAGACUCCAGAAGCAAAACUAAGCGGCUAGAAGAUUCUGACGGUGAAGAGGAGAAGAUGGAGAAGAAAAAGAGGAGGAGGAUCAAGAAACCAGAGCCAGACAGCAGUGAUGAAGAUGUUAUUCCAGACUCUCCACAGCCAGUCGUGACAAGAGAACCAUCAUCACCAAGUCCUAAAAAGGAGGUUGAACCUGAUAGACAUUCUCAUCCGAGCAGUUCUGAAAUGAAAAUAAGGAAGAGAAGACGAGUCAUGAAGUCAAAUACCUUUGUGGACGAUGAUGGAUGCAUGGUGACAGAAAAAGGCUACGUGAGUGAAUCUUACUCUGAAUCCGAAGAUGAUUUUAAACCCGCCAAACAAGCUUCAAGAGAUCCCAUUAAAGCAAAACCAUCAUCAAGUAGCAAAGAGGAUGAGAAGAAAACUCAAAAGAAAGCAUCAGCAAACUCAAAUAAGGGAACUAAACAAGCUUCCAUAAUGGGAUUUUUCCAGAAGAAAUAACAAAUGGUGAUGGGUGCAUUCAGUAGCACUAAGGACAAACGAGCACUGCUGUAGACUUCCUGUAAUGAGACUAUGGCGUAUCUGAAAUCAGCUGAAACAAUUCAGAACACUUGACAAAUGGACUUCAACACAUGGACAUUAAAAAUUACAUUUUAGUUUCUCCGUUUUAUGAAUACAUGUCCAACUCAAUAAACAUUAAAAAAUUAAAUGUGUGUUUUUAACUUUCAGAAAUGUAAAACCAUCACAAGCCUGAAAAUCUGAACACAUUAAGCAAACCACAUUUUCAUGGAAUUCACCAUUCUGUCGUUUUUUUUCUUCCUCUGUUCACGUCAAAGACUCCACCUGUUACUGCAGUAGCAAAUUGAGUUUUUAUUAUUAUGCCUCCCUUUUAAUAUAUGAUAUCACCAAACCAGGGAGUUGUUUGUAUUUGGGUUUUUUUCUUAAUUGUAGUUGAUCAUCUAUUGCUAGCACUACCAAAACCUCAUCAGAAAUGGUCUCAAUCAAAGGGUGGUUGUCAGGAUGCCAUUCUUACGGAAAUCUGAAGAAAAGGCUUAUGUAUGGCAAAUUCCACAAGACCUGGACUAAAAAUCAGUUGCUACAGGUCUUACGGAGUAAUUCUAAAUUUGAGAUUUUUGUUUCUAGUGAGUGGGGCUCAGGAGAGCGGUAUGACAGUGAGUGUCUACAGCCAUCUAUAAAGCAGGGUAGAGGCUCUGUCAUGGUUUGGGCUGCAUUUCAGCCCGUGGUGUGAAGAAUCUUGAUGAGCUGAUGAAAUUAUAAACAUGGAAAAGUAGAGUUCCAGAAUAAAGAUGGUCAUAUGAACUACAGACUUGCAAGCUGGUAACAAGUGUGCAAACUCUGUUUUUUGUCUCAUAUAUUACAUUUCCAUCUUGCCCAUGUUUCAGCCAAUAACUGCACCUAUUUCACAUUUUCCUAAUAAUAGACAAAGAGAUGAGGGACAUCUUAUUACUUUUGCACAGUGCUAUAGGCACAUAGCAAGAAUAUAUUACUUUACUGAUCUUUAUUUCAAGUUUUCUCUGAUUUGUCUACAUUUUGCAUUUUGUGUGUAUCUAAAAGAUUUUUGGACAGUUAUUGAGUAAAUUAUUUGUCAUCUUUUUUUAAGUUAAGAACCUUAGAUCUAGUUUACUGACCUUUUUUAUUUCCCUCAUUGUACGUCCUCAAUUCUACUCCUCAGCUCCUCUCCUAAUGGAUGCUUCAGUAAUUUUGUCAAAUCACUGAUUCCUUUAAAAUGAGCACCUUUCAGGCUCAUUUUAAACUAUGACAUUUGACACAACUGAUCCUAAACUAUUAUAAGCACUACUUUUAAUAAAACUUUCUAAUUAAGGUGCAUCAAGUGUGACAAUAGUUAGUGCAAACAAUGAAAAACAGAAAGGUUGAUUAUUCUAAACAGCUGUAACAUGAGUAAAAAAUGAAAGAGUAAUUCUGGUUUCUUUAGUCCAGCUGUGUUCCACACCUCCUUUAUCCCUUGAAUGUAAAAGCACUUCUACACACCUGCACAUCCUUGGUCAUCCCCUCAAGCAAGCUUCCCCUGUCCUCUUGACUCAGAAAC